AUGAUCCCACUCGCCCCUCGUCCCCGCGCGCGUGACGUCGAGGAAACGUCGUCCAGCGCGACGACGGUAGACGAUCGCGAGAUUCGCUCGAGCAUCGCCAACCAUCGACGUGAUCACCGCGCGCGUUCAAACAGAAGUCAACUGGACCCAGCGCUCAGACCGACGUUUUUCGAGCUCAUCGCCGCCGAACGUCUCGUUCCGAGCCUCAAGGGCGCGCUCGCGUACACCCUGGGCACGUUGGCGAACGCGGGGGCGCCGACGUUGGCGCACUCCGCGAUGAAUCGCGGAGAGGAGGUGUUCGCGCUCUUGACGCUGUGCGCAGAGCUCCGCGCGUUCGCGAGCGGCGACGGAUCUCUUGCGGAGAGCGUGUACGGAUUACAGCGCGUGCCGAGAACGCUGACGAAGGAUCGAUUACGGAGCGAUGGACGGUACAGGAUCGAUCGGGUGCAGCGAUUGGGGAGCGCUUUGGCGUUGGCGCUCGGGCCGUGGGCGCGGGCCAAGGCGGCGGCGGCGCACGCGCGGUUGGCGCCGAGUGCGUACGCAAGCGGGGCCGGGAGACGACGACGGACAUUCGAGGCGGAUGGGGAGGCUGAUUUUAGUGGAGACGAACGCGCGGUGGCGACGGCGGGUGAUUCGGAGAUGGUUGAGCGGGACGCCGGGAUGUCGAGCGCGGCGCAGCGGGCGUUCGUCGCGGCGUAUCCGUACGCAAACGCGUUGAUCGAGGCGGCGACGUUCGUGACGUGGACGGGGUAUCUCUUAGGGCAGUGGAACGUGAAUGACCCGACGUUGUAUUUAUUGGAUUGCUACGUCGCGCGAGCGCUGCCGAGCGAAUUGGAGGCGAACGCGCGAGAGUUGGAGGCGACGCGCAGGCGAGCGCUCAGUCGAGCGCGCGCGGCUUCGAAUCCCGCGACGCGCGCGGUGAGUGUCGGCGCGCUCCGGGUAAAGAAUUUCGUGAUGGAUUACGCGCAAAGCGCUUUGAUAGCGGCUGUGAUCGGGUUCAAGCUCACGGAGUGGUGGUACGGCGCGGCGGAGGAACGCGUGUCGGGCGCGACGACGCUUCCAGUGCCGCCGCCGCCGCCGCGUCCACCCCCGCAUCCCGAGGGCGUCGCCCUUCCCGAUGAUCCCGGGGCGUGUCCGCUGUGUAGGAAAAUGCUCAGGAACCCUGCGUUGUUGACGUGCUCGGGGUACGUGUUCUGCUACGCGUGUAUACACGCGCACGUCGUUCGACGCGGCGACUGCCCGGUCUCCCGACACCGCGCCAUGAAUGGGGUCGACGACAUCAGACGUGUGUACGAGCACUGA